UUCGACUCAGCUGAUCCUGAUCUCCCCUGCAGCUGUCUGUUGUUUGGUCGUUAGGCUGCGAUUGGUCAGUAGUGAUCUACUCACAUUUAUAAACCCUCACUCACAGAGGUUUUCUAUACACUGGUCUUCAUCAUGGAGUCUGUAAGGAUCUUCCUGAGGCUUUCCUUUCUUGCAGUCCUGGUUUUAGAGUCCUGUGGCUUUCCUGCUAAAGGCUCCAAGUCCACUGAUGGUGGUAGCAUGGAUGUUGCAGGCUCCUACAGAGGAGGAGAGAGGACCCACUCUGCACCUUAUCACAGCUCCUUUGCAGGAGGUGUCUCUAAGCCAGUUCAUCUGCCAAUGCAGGAGCUGAACCUUGUUCAGUUUGUCCAUGCAGCUCCAUCAGCUGGUGGGGAAGGGUCUGUCAUGCCUGAGGGGUAUCCUGUAGCUUCUCUACCAGUUCAGACUGGACUUCCCUCUGCAGUCUAUUACACUGCUCCUGUCUCUCAGCCUGCAGUUGUCUCUCCACAGCCUCAAGGUGCUCAAGCUGGCCUGCCAGAAACUAGGUGGAUGGUUGCUCCACCAGCCUUUUCUGAACAAGCUGACGCUAUGGGCCCUGGGGAGUUUCUGCCACCAGUCCCUCUCCCUCCACCUGGCCCUGUCCUCCAGUCCGGAGAGACUUCCAAUAUUGUGAAGGAAGCUGAACUCGGCAACUACCAGCAGCAGAUGGAAGAGUUUGGUUACCCGGCUGAGGCGGUGCAGCCUGGAUCUGCUUUCACCAGCGUGCUUGUUCCAGGCCAAGGACUUGGUGGCUUCUGGGGUUCUCCUUAUCCUGGCUUUGACUACAGGCUCCUGUAUGGUCUGUACCCUCCUGGCACCUACACCACCUUCAGCCAGAACCAUGAGAAGGGCAAGGACUACUACCAAUCCAUCCACUACUUGAAGGAGCACGUUUCUGAAGACCAAGGUCCUCAACAGCAGCAGCUUCAGCAGAAGGUCUUCAGCUAGUUGUGCUACUGUGACGGUUCUAAAUAAAAAGCUUGACGUUAUCGUGA